AUGGAACCCGCCACUCCUCUAGACAUUGCGGACCGUAAGCUCGGUGACCACGAGAGCAACGAUGUCGCCACAGCCACUCCGGAUCCCAUUGUUGACGAGAAAAAGCUCGUUGCCAAGUUGGACCGACAUCUAAUUCCGCUCAUCAUGCUACUUUAUACCUUUAGCUUCCUCGACCGUGUCAAUAUUGGAAACGCAAGACUAUACAAGUUGACAGAGGAUUUGAAUUUGGUUGGAAAUCAAUACCAGAUCGCCGUAUCCAUCCUCUUUGUCACAUACCUCUUGUUUGAAGUGCCGAGCAAUCUGGUUCUCAAGCGCUUCACGCCGUCACGAUGGAUUGCAUUCAUUACAACCGCCUGGGGAAUCGUGGCUACACUGACGGGACUGGUCAACAGCUUUGGGUCACUGUUGGCCUGCCGACUGAUCCUGGGCGCUCUCGAGGCCGGCUUGUUUCCCGGCCUAAAUGUCUACCUGACCUUUUUCUACACCAAGCGGGAGCUGGCGCUGCGCGUGGGCUACCUGUUUGUCAGCGCCGCCAUUGCCGGGUCCCUGGGCGGUCUCCUGGCCUACGGCAUCGGCCACAUGCAGGGCAUCCAGGGGCUCAAUGGCUGGCGGUGGAUCAUGAUCAUUGAAGGCAUCCCGACCUUUGUCCUCGGCAUCGCCACCUGGUUUCUCCUGCCCAACGACCCGGCCAGCGCCCACUUUCUGACCGACGACGAGAAGAAGGUCAUGAUUGCCCGAUCCCGAAGGAACUAUGGCCAGACAGAGUCGGCCCAACAAUUUAGCCGCAAGGACAUGAUGAAGGCCUUCAAGGACUGGAAAGUGUGGCUGUUUUGUGCCGGGCAGUUUGGCAUGGACACCAUGCUGUACGGCUACUCGACCUUCUUGCCAACUAUCAUCAACGGCAUUGGUAAUUGGACAACGGCAGAAGUUCAGCUGCUAACUAUCCCCUGUUACUUUCUGGGAGCCAUAACAUACAUGACAGUGGCGUAUCUCUCGGAUCAUACUCAGCGCAGGGCCAUGUUUUGCGUCAUUUUCGGUGCUGUCAGUGUCGUUGGAUAUGGCAUCCUGCUCUCCAACUCGGCUGCCGGCGUCCAUUACUUUGGAUGCUUCCUUGUUGCCACUGGCCUCUAUGUCGGUGUCGGCAUUCCUCUGGCUUGGCUUCCCAUCAACACGCCCCGAUACGGAAAAAGAACAACCGCCAAUGGGUUGCAACUCACGAUUGGCAACUCUUCGGGCAUCAUGUCGCCUUUCAUCUAUCUUACUGCUGAGGGCCCAAGAUACAUUAGGGGUAACGCCGUGUCAUUGAGCAUGGUCGCCAUGUCUACCUGCGUUUAUGCCUUUAUGUGGUUCUGGUUCAGGAGAGAGAACGCGAAGCGUGAUGCCGGACACAUUGACCCAGCCCACGAAGGAUUGUCAGAGGAGGAGCUCACCGAGCUGGGUGAUGAGAGUCCUCAUUUCAGGUAUACAUAUUAA